AUUCUUUUACUUUUAAAUCUGCGGCCAAAUAGAGGAUUUUUAACAACUCUCUUAUUGCCAUUAACCUCAUGACCACCAGGAAAUGAGGAGACUCAAAACUCGAUCAUCCAGGCUACAGACUACUAUGCUCUGGGAUUGAGCUUUCUUUUAUGUGUCUAUUAGGAUGCACGUUAUUUGAAAGAAGGGUCUUUUCGUUUGUAUCUGCGUUUCCAGCACUUAGCACGAGCCAAGCAAACCGGAAGGCUUUAAUAAAUGCUUGGUGAUUUGACUCCCAAUUGCCGCACUCCGCAGGCUUCCGCAGCAUCGAGCUUGGCCGGCGCGGAGAGCUCCACUCACUAACCUGGGUGCUAAGGCCUUAGGGGGGCUCUUGCAGAUCCUCCCAGCUCUGGCGGCGCCCAACUCUGGGAAAGCUCCGCCCCGAGCCCGGCCCCGGAAAUGCUAGCUGGCUCCGGGUCUCCCCGCCUACGGUUUGGGACUCUUCCUUUUUUUCCAGGCCAAACUCCGCCUUCGCCUCCCCUAACUCCCCUCCCCCACCGAGGAUCCUCUCCCGCAGCUCCCCGACUUUCCCUGCUCUCCCGAAGGGAAACCCGGGGAAAGCGGCACGCGAGCCGACCGGGUGCGCGUGCGCACGAGCAGCUCCAGGGCCAGGCGCGGCUCGCCACGACGUAGGCCGAGACACAGGUCCGGAGCCCGGGUUCCCCCCCACGGAGCGGACGCGCCUGAGGACUGCGGAGGGUGAGAUGGCCCCGAGCGUCGACCCGCUCCAAGGGAAGGAGGAGGAACGACUUCUCUUCCUUCCUGUUCUUUCCUCCCUCCCAGUAGAGGAAGAUAGACGGAGGAAAAGGAGGAGAGAGGAAGUCCCUUCCCAACUCUUGCGGCACCUCCCGUGGACACUCUCACUUCCCCGCCCCCUCCCCGAUGUUUAUUCCAAGAUCUCUGAAAGUCAAAAGGAAUGCUUUUGACGAUGAAAAGAGUUGUGUGGCUAAGAAACUUAAACCACAAGAAGAAAAACUGUCAUCAGAAGAAGAGAGAGAGAUCCCAAAUGUUGCCUUAAUGGGGGAAGAAACCUCAGUACCAUCAGAGGGACACAGCCCUGACUUAGACUUCCUGCCAGAUUCAGACAACCCUUCUGCUGCUGUUGGCUUAGGUGAGCAGAGUGCUACAGACAGCUGUGUUCCAGAGGAGCCAAUAAAAUCUUUUUCUAAAACUCAGCGCUGGGCAGAACCCGGGGAGCCUGUCUGUGUUGUGUGCGGUCGUUAUGGAGAAUAUAUUUGUGAUAAGACGGAUGCAGAUGUUUGUAGCUUGGAAUGUAAAGCAAAACAUCUUUUACAAAUUACUGAAAAGGAAGAAAAAGUAAAGCUUCUGAAAGCCAGCUCUGAGCCCGAACCUCCCCCACUUGAUGCUCUUUUUGCCUACAAAGAACACUCUUUUAUUUUAAACCUUCAGGAUGACCAGGUUGAAAAUCUUAAGCUACAGCUAGGAAUUUCAGUCCAGGGCCAAAAAGUGCCAAGGCCUAUCAUAGACUUUGAACAUUGUGGUUUUCCUGAAGUUUUGAAUUAUAACUUGAAGAAGUCAGGCUAUGAAGUUCCAACUCCCAUUCAGAUGCAGAUGAUUCCUAUUGGACUUUUGGGAAGAGAUAUAGUGUGCAGUGCUGACACUGGCUCAGGGAAAACUGCAGCUUUCCUACUUCCUGUUAUCAUCAGAGCUUUGGAAAAAAACAUAACUCCGUCAGCACUUAUUCUCACUCCAACCAGGGAAUUAGCCAUUCAGAUAGAGAGACAAGCUAAGGAGCUAAUGUGUGGCCUGCCAAAUAUGAGAACAGUUCUACUUGUUGGAGGUUUGCCUUUACCUCCCCAGCUCUAUCGUCUGAAACAGAAUGUUAAGGUUAUAAUAGCAACUCCUGGGAGACUUCUGGAAAUAAUGAAACAAAGCUCUGUGGAACUCUGUGGUAUAAAAAUAGUCAUCAUAGAUGAAGCUGAUACCAUGUUAAAAAUGGGUUUUCAACAGCAAGUUCUUGACAUUUUGGAAAACACUCCUCAUGAUCGUCAGACUGUUUUGGUUUCUGCCACAAUUCCAGCAAGCAUAGAACGUCUAGCAAACCAACUUCUUCAUGAUCCUGUGAGAAUUAUCAUUGGAGAAAAAAAUCUGCCAUGUUCCAAUGUCCGUCAGAUUAUUUUGUGGGUAGAAGAACCUUCCAAAAAAAAAAAGCUAUUUGAAAUCUUAAAUGAUGAAAAACUCUUUAAACCUCCAGUGCUAGUGUUCGUGGAUUGCAAAUUAGGAGCCGACCUUUUGAGUGAUGCAGUUCAUAAAAUCACUGGGUUACAAAGCAUAUCUAUGCAUUCAGAUAAAUCACAAGUAGAAAGAACAAGGAUAUUACAGGGAUUAUUUCAAGGAGAGUAUGAAGUCGUAGUAAGCACUGGAGUCCUGGGACGAGGAUUAGACUUGAUCAAUGUCAAAUUGGUUGUCAAUUUUGAUAUGCCUUCCAGUAUGGAUGAAUAUGUACAUCAGGUUGGAAGAGCAGGAAGAUUAGGUCACAAUGGAACUGCAAUUACUUUCAUCAAUAACAACACAAAGAAGCUUUUUUUGGAUAUUGUGAAGAGAGUCAAACCAACAGGAUCCAUUCUUCCUCCUCAGUUACUAAACUCUCCUUAUCUCCAUGAACAGAAAAGAAAAGAACACCAAAGAGUUAACCAGGCGCAGAACACCCUAGUUACUGGUGAUAAUCUUAUGGACAUUAUUAAAAAACAUGAUAAAAGUCAUUCUCAAAAGUAACUAAUUGUGCCACUUUGGAUAAUCUUGUCAUCGUGCAAUAUCAAUGAAAAAUCUGCAUAUUACUAUCGUAUGGUAUCUAAAUAAGUAGAGCAUAUUUUUAAGGUAAGAACAUAGGGAUGAUUGUAUUGUUAAAAAUGUCAAACUUAGACAGCAGAAGUUGUACACAGCUGCUUUUCCUUUCUAUUCUCUCCAUAAUGAGUGAGAUUGAAAACAAAGGAUCUGUUUUUAUCCUCUGUGCAGAAUUAUUUUGAGAAGAUUAAACAUCUUUUUGCUUUAAAAAAGAUGUUAGUUGUUUUCUUUCUCCUUCAGUCCAAUAAACAUAUUUUGUUUACUAUUUCUAGGAAGACAUGUUGAGGUAUUAUUUUAUAUUAAUGCCACAUAUUGCUUUGCCAGCUGACAACUUUACAUAUGCGUGUAAAAAGAUAUUUUCAUGCUUCUGUACUUUGUUUUUUAAAAUAUAAUUUCUUUUUAAUUUUUAAA